UAAACUAUUAUCAAAGAAUCAUGAAUGUGACAACUUGAAAUACCUAGCAAUUUUAAUAAUAAUUUUGGCUAUAGAUCUCAAUUAUUUUCUAAGAAAGGUAACUACUAUUAGCUUUAUUGGAAGGAAGGGGAAAUGCAGAGAGGUUGAUAAUGUGCUAUAAAGCAGCCAGGAUUAAUUUAAAGAACUUGUCUCAUCUUUGCUCCCUCAAGUAGCAUGUGUUUCUGUGGCUUAUUUAGAGACAGGUCGAGCUGCAAAGUCCAAAUCCAGACUGUGCCAUUCUCUCAUGGCAGAGGGUAUUUAGACCUGGAGCUCUUAGUUUUAAACCUAGACUGUGUUACAAAUACUCCCUGGCAGGCAGGGUCAUGUCCCACACCACACGUAGCCCAGCUUGCACUGACCUGAAGCAGGGCAGGCCCUCAGGAAAGCAGCAGCACAGGUAAAGGAGCCAACUGCAAGGCAGGGUACAAGUUGCCUGGAACGGAGAAUGGCCUAUACACUCUUCUGUGGUCGUUACUGGUCCCAAAAUAAUGAUUUAUAAAGUGUCUGACAGUGUUUGACAAAUCAGAUGAAUGGGACUUGCUUAAUGCAAACUGGAAAAUAUCUUUCAGCUGCUGCCAAAGCACGUGGAAACGGUAACUCAUGCUUUGUAGAUCAUUAGGACACUUGGGAGCUACUGGAGUGUACUGUGAAAGGCAUUACUCAAAGUUCAGAUUGAAAAAUUUCUUCAGAAACGGCUAACAACUUUGUAAGGGUAAUGCAAGCAUGAAAAUCAUCAUUCCUAGUACUGCCUUGGGAUGAGCGUGUGCCAAAGGAAAGCGGGGAGAGAGGCUUUCUGUGCUGGAAGUGCGACUGCGCUCCUGGGCCCUGUAAGUAGGAAAGCAACCGUCACACUGAUGAACAGUCAUUCCUCCUGAAUUGGCAGCUACUCCAGGCUGUGUACAUAAAGCUCCAAAAGGCUUUAUUUUAUAAAUACAUGAAAGUAGAAAAGAGGAAGUCCAUGGCUGAUAAGAAGCUAGGCCGAGGAAUGGUACUGAAAGUGUGUGAUGCAGGAAAAACCAUGAUGGAAGUGGAUUGGAAGUAAGAUUUCUUCUGACAGAAUUAGGAGAAAUUCCUUAUAUGUGCAUUUACAUAGUCUAUAAAAAGUCUAAAGAAGGACAAGGGCAAGCUGCUGAUGCUUUAAUGCAUCGGGGAAGCCCAAGGUGGGAGCUAUGCUGCAGGUUGGCUUUUGUCUCUUCCCUGUUGUAGCCUCCUCAGGCAGGAGGGCUGGUGGGCAGCUGGAGGCAGGCAGCGGUGCCACUCCCAGGCUGGUAACAGAUGAAGCUUCAGCGUGUUUCCUUCUCUAGGAUUUGGGCAGGGGAUGCCAGUUGUUUGGGAAGGAGAACCUGUUUGGUGGGUCCGAUUUGAAUCUCCACCAAGGGAGCAGCACAACAGUGUGUAGAAAGGAGUAGACUUGGUGAAUGAUUUAAAGCUUCGGAUCCUGCCUGCUGUCACUGGGGACCUGACCCACACUCUUCACCUGCAACAUGGAGCUUCUGCUCAGGCUUUGCCUGGCUUUGAUUCUGGUGGGAGCUUCAUCAGCGCUGAACAACUGUACCUGUGCAACCAACAAGUGGACAGUGUGUGCCCAGGGUGGAUCUGGGAACUGCACCUGCACGCUGGUAGGUUCAAAUCACAAAGUAAACUGCUCAACGCUGACUUCGAAGUGCUUGCUGAUGCAGGCCGAAAUGGUGCUCCUGAAGGAGAAGCACUUCUGGGGCCAUCCCUGGGAGCUGUUAGAUAACGAUGGCAUUUACAAUCCAGACUGUGAGGACAGUGGUAUGUUCAAAGCCAGGCAGUGCAAUCACACCAACACCUGCUGGUGCGUGAACACUGCUGGAGUAAGAAGAACUGAAAAGGGUGACAAAAGCUUGAACUGCGGUGAAGUGGUUAGAACAAGCUGGAUCUACAUUGAACUGAAGCACAAAAAAAGGCCCAGUACCUUCAGUGGUUCCGACAUAGCAAAUGCCCUCAAACAUGUGUUGGAGAGCCGAUACCAGCUGCGCUCCAAGUACAUUGCAGCCAUUAAGUAUAAUUUCCCUUUUAUCCAGAUCCGCCUGAACCAGAAACAGAAAUCAAGAUGUGAUGUAGAUAUAGCUGAUGUAGCCUAUUACUUUGAAAAAGAUAUAAAAAACAACUCGAUAUUUCAUUCUAACAGUACAUUACCUGUCUCUGUCAAUGGACAUGCUCUGGAUGUUGAAGAACUACAGAUUUACUAUGUUGAUGAAAAGCCACCUGUGUUUUGCAUGAGACAACUGCUUCCCGAUGUCAGUACUAUGCUGACAGUGGUGACCCUGACAGCUGGCUGUGGCAUCGCUGGGCUGCUUAUUCUGAGGUGGCUGCGGACAAGAAAAUGCAAGAAAACCGAGAUGACAGAAAUGGAUGAAAUAAGAGCACCAAGCUUACAACUGUCCUGAUCUGGAAAAAGAAAGGAAGCAACAGGAAGGAAAAAAAACACCAAACAAACAAACAAAAUAUAAAUAGCAAACAGGCUCAGUGUA